UACUUCCGUCACACAUUCACACUAACGUCAUCCAAAAUGGCGCAACCCAUAGAAGAUGUGAAAGGCUCGUCUUUUAUGGACCCCUUUAAAGGCAUUUUACUGUCCUACUUCAUGCCAGAGUCCUGCUACGACCAGUUUUUUCUCAACUUUAACUUCCUGGACGUACCAUGUCUGAAGGUUGUCGUGAGCAAAGCUCUGGGGAUGGGCAUCAUCCUGGGAUCAGUGAUGGUAAAGCUACCUCAGAUCAUAAAGCUGAUGGGAGCACGGAGCGCUGAGGGCCUGAGUCUGAACUCGGUGCUCUUGGAGCUAUUGGCCAUCACUGGAACGAUGGCCUACAGCAUCGCCAACAAGUUCCCCUUCAGUGCCUGGGGGGAGGCUCUGUUCCUCAUGCUGCAGACCGUCACCAUUGCCUUCCUCAUCCAGCACUACAGAGGAAGAACGAGCCGAGGUCUGCUCUUCCUGGUUGUGUAUGUGAUCUUGGUUCUGGUCCUCCUGUCUCCGGUCACUCCUAUGGUAGUGGUUACGUCCAUGCAGGCCUUUAACAUGCCGGCCAUCAUCACUGGGAGGCUAAUCCAGGCAGCCACCAACUUCCGCAACGGACACACUGGACAGCUCUCUGCCCUCUCCAUCUUCCUGCUCUUUGCUGGUUCUGUUGCACGGAUCUUCACCUCUCUGCAGGAGACGGGUGACUCUCUGAUGGCGCUGACCUACGUCAUCUCUUCCACCUGUAACGGGAUCAUCGCGCUGCAGGUUCUGUACUACUGGAACUGCAGCCCAGAGCAGCAGCAGAAGAAAAAGGAGUAAGAACCGAAGAUCCACUUGGAUCUGCUCUGUAACACUUGAUAGGACGAGACAGCUGUUUGAGAUGGUGGUGCCUCUGGUCCAGAACCAUCCAGGUCCUGUGGACUCAUCUACAUUCCUCUGAUCAGAAUCAUUAAAAGUUCUGACUGCAUCUGA